AUGUAUAGGCUCUUGGGAGGGCCCCCUUGUGGCCUCGGGACCCUAAGCAGAGCCAUCUUUGAGGAGAACGCGGUGAGGGACGAUGAGGUUUUCCAGUUGGCCGUGUCGGAUCUGAGUUUGAGCGACGAUAUUCUGCACAGUGAGAAGAUCACGCACUCCAUCAAACUCAUCGAACCCAACAACCCCUUCCAGGCCGUCCAAGAAGCCUGCGAGCUCAUGAACCAGGGCAUCUUGGCUCUGGUCUCCUCCACGGGCUGCGCGUCCGCCAGCGCCCUCCAGAGCCUGACGGACGCCAUGCACAUCCCCCAUCUGUUCGUCCAGAGGAGCAGCGACGGCGCUCCUCGUACGGCGUGCAGGUUCAGCUCCGCCCCCCGAGGUCAAACCUACACGCUCGCCGCCCGCCCCCCGGUCAAGCUCAACCAGGUCAUGCUCAGUCUGGUCACCGAGCUCGCCUGGAAGAAGUUCAUCGUCUUCUACGACAUCGAUUACGAUAUCCGUGGUCUCCAGAGUUUCCUGGACCAGACGUCGAGGCAGGGCGUGGACGUGGCUCUGCAGCGCAUCGAGAGGAACAUCUCCAAGGUCUUCACCAACCUGUUCACCACCAUGAAGACGGAGGAGCUCAACCGAUACAGAGACACGCUGAGGAGGGCCAUACUACUGCUGAGCCCCGCCACAGCACACUCCUUUAUACUACAGGCAGUGGAGACAAACCUGGCGUCUAAAGACAGUCACUGGGUCUUUGUCAACGAGGAGGUGAGCGACGGCGAGGUGCUGGAGCUCACGCACUCGGCCCUCGGCAGAGUCACCAUCAUCAGGCAGAUCUUCCCCCAGAGAGACCCUCACAACCGCUGUGUGAGACAAGACCACCGUAUCUCCUCUCUGCUGUGUGACCCUCAGGAGGGGUACCUGCAGAACCUACAGGUGUCGACCCUCUACCUGUACGACAGCGUCCUGAUGUUGGCGAACGCGUUUUACCGUAAACUGGAGGACAGGAAGUGGCACAGCAUGGCCAGCCUCAACUGCAUCAAGAAGUCCACCAAGCCCUGGAACGGAGGCUGGUCCAUGCUCCAGACCAUCCAGAAGGGAAACAUCUCAGGUCUGACCGGGAUCAUGGACUUUAACGAAAGCGGCUCCAACUCACACGUUCACUUUGAGAUCCUCGGCUCCAGCUUCAGUGAGACCUUUGGAAAAGACAUCAAGAGGUUGGCGCUGUGGGACUCGGUGCACGGUUUAAACGGGAGUCUGAAGGAGAGUCGGAUUGAGAACGGGAUGCAGGGCGUCACCGUGAAGGUCGUCACGCUGCUGGAGGACCCUUUUGUGAUGGUGGCUGAGAACAUUCUGGGGCAGCCCAAACGGUACAAAGGAUUCUCCAUCGACGUUCUAGACGCUCUGGCCAAAAGUCUGGGAUUCAAAUACGACAUCUACCAGGUGAGUGACAGUAAGUACGGCUCUCAGCUCCCAAAUGGAUCCUGGAACGGGAUGAUCGGAGACCUCAUCAACAAGAAAGCAGAUAUAGCCGUGUCCGCUCUGACCAUCACUCCGGAGCGGGAGAGUGUGGUGGACUUUUCCAAGCGUUACCUGGACUACAGCGUGGGAAUCCUGCUCCGGAAGCCCGUGGAGCGGUUGGACAUGUUCUCCCUCUUAGCCCCGUUCGAGCCUUCUGUUUGGGCUUGUGUCGCGGCCUCCAUCCCGGUGGUGGGCGUCCUCAUCUUCCUCCUCAACAGGCUGCACGCACUCAGAAACUCCAACUCCCAGAAUGCACCGGGGCAGAGCGGCCCCGGCAGCCUCCACAGCGCCAUCUGGAUCGUCUACGGGGCGUUUCUGCAGCAAGGAGGAGAUGGAGUGAUCAGCUCGGUGGCUCUCAGAAUAGUGAUGGGGAGCUGGUGGCUCUUCACGCUGAUCGUCUGCUCCUCGUACACGGCAAACCUGGCAGCGUACCUCACCGUGUCACGCAUGGACCACCACAUACGAACAUUCCAGGACCUGUCGGCUCAGAUGGACCUGUCCUACGGCACCGUGCGAGACUCUGCGGUUUACGAUUACUUCAGACACAAAGGGACCAACCCUCUGGAGCAGGACUCAGCCUACGCAGAGCUGUGGAGAACCAUCAGCAAGAACCAGGGCAGAGACUACAGCGUCUCCAGCCCCUCAGAGGGCAUCAAGAAGGUGAAAAAGUCGUCUUUUGCGUUCUUGUGGGAUAAGGCGGUGUUGGAGUACGCUGCUCUCUCUGAUGACGACUGUUCUCUGACCGUGUCCGGUUCCAGCCAGAGCUCCAAAGGCUACGGCAUCGCACUGCAGCACGGGAGUCCUUAUAGGGACCUGUUCUCUCAAAGGAUCUUGGAGCUUCAGGAGCGUGGAGACUUGGACGUUCUCACUCAGAAGUGGUGGCCUCUCUCAGGUCGCUGUGACCUGUCUCUCUCGGGUGCUCACCCUGUCGGACGCUCGCUCAAACUUCACAGCUUCACUGGAGUUUUCUGCAUCCUGGCCGCCGGGCUGCUGCUCGCCUGCAUCGUCGCCGCUCUGGAGGCCUGGUGGAGGAACUACAGCUGCAGAGGACACACCCCCAAAGAGGACAAAGAGGUGAACUUGGAGCAGGUGCAUCGUCGGAUCACGAGUCUUUUGGACGAGGACCUGGCUCACAAGCAGCUGCCUGGCCCCUCCCUCGACAUCUCACCACAGGCUCUCGCGGUCAGUUCGUACCUCCCCGGCGACGGCCCCUCCUCCUCCACCCUCCCGCUCCCUCACCACGGCGGCGGAGGGGGCACCCUGGGCCGCCCCCUGCCCCCCAGCCUGCCACCGGCCCUGUCUCACCUGUCGGCCUCGCACCUGUCGGGCCACCUCACGGGGGCGCUGCAGCAGUGCAAGCACAGAGCGCCGAACGGGGGGCUUUUCAGGCAGAGUCCCGGGAAGAGCGCAGUGCCCAUGUCCUACCAGCAGGGAGCGCCACGACCCGAGGCGAUGGACCCCACACACAGCACCUCCAUCUGA